UUAAAUAUUUAUUAUUUAUAAACAUAUGGUCAUUAGAAAAUAUUACGAGCUGAAUAAAUAAAUUAGUAAUUAUAUUUAUUUACACAAAUUGUUAUAAAUAAAUUUAUAAAAAUGACGCCGAAAGUCAGGAUAUCAUCUAAAGUUAUGGCAAAACUAGAAUGUCUUGGAACAGCAACAACUGGUAGAUUAUUUGGUGUCAUGUGUGAUAAUUAUUUGACAGUUUUAAGUUUCGUAUUGAACCCUACCAAAAUUGAAAAUUCAAAUGACGAACAAUCAGAGCCGAAUUCACAGCAACAAUCAGACCAAGAUAAACAAAUCAAUGAAAGUAAUGAAUUAUUAAAACCAAUUGAUUUACAAUUGAAUAUGCCGGUGGAAAUCGAUUUAUGUGGAGUAUUAUUUGUUGAUAAUCAUGAAGAAAAUAUACCGGAAGCGUUUAAAGACAUUGACAUCACUGACAAUCCAUUGCUGAUUAAAUAUUCACGAGUCAAUGGAAUUUCUGCUUACUAUUAUGUACAUGAACAGUUGAAAUCUGCUGGUAAAUUGGAAUUUAUUGAUGAAAAAAUUUUGCUUGAUAAAUUUUCGUACAUUAGACUAAAGACGAGCGUGCCCAUGAUUACGGACAAACAUGAUUUUACUGAACUGUUUCAAUCCACGCGCAAAAAUAUUGCAUCUGGUAAUGUUGGAUUUUAUUUUCCAUCAACGAAAUUAUUUCUGACAAACAAUGAUCCCGAAGAUCGAGAUGUAUCAGUGAAAAUAUUAUCAUCAAAUCAACCAUCAGUUAUUCCAACUGGCUACACAAAUACCAUUCAAGCCGAAAUGUUCAUGCGCAUAACAAAAGAAAAAAUAUCCGAUGAUAACAAAAAAAAUUACGCUCCCGUAUUGCAACACAUAAAGCAGCCAUUUGUAAAUUACGAGUUUAAUUUAAAUAUCGACAGUCUAGCGUUAGUGGGACAUAAUUUAACAGCUCCACAGAUUUAUUCAAUUCUUGUUGAAUCCGUCUGUCGUUCCUUGCGUUUAAUAGAACGUUCAAUAAUAUUGUCAAGCAACCAUACGAUUAAAAUUCCUGAGAUGAUGCAUUUCAAGCUACCACACUGUGAUCAUUUGAUAUCAAUCGCUUACGCUGAUACAUCCGCUGAAAAAACACGAGAGUACAGAAAAAAAUUACACGAAGCGUUAGCUUGUGAUUUAACGCGCCCGUAUUUCCGUCCAGGAAAUGCUGUUAAAUUUCUGAGUGACUACAGAGCCGAUCAGCCGUUAUUAGAACCGCAUACUGCAAUUAAAACAUCUUUAGAUAAUUCUAGUUUGGUCAAUGGACUAUAUGGUUACUAUCAUUAUGGUCAAGAUAAUUUCCAUGAUAGUGGUUGGGGAUGCGCUUACAGAUCACUACAGACAAUAUUUUCAUGGUUCAGGUUUCAAGGAUACACUGAACAGCCGGUUCCGUCACAUCGUGCAAUUCAAAAAUGUCUAGUCGACAUCGGUGAUAAAUCUCCGAAUUUCAUUGGGUCGAGUCAGUGGAUUGGUUCAACGGAAGUAGGUUUCGUUUUGGAAACUCUACUGGAUGUCAAUUCAAAAUUUUUGGUUGCCUCUAGUGGUAAAGAUAUGCCGGAUUUGAUUGACGACUUGCGGUACCAUUUCCAAACCCAGGGAACGCCGGUCAUGAUUGGCGGCGGAGUACUUGCGCAUACUAUUCUAGGUGUUAGCUAUGAUGAGAAUAAACAAUUGCCUUAUUGGCUGAUACUAGAUCCUCAUUACGAAGGCAAAGAAAAUUUGAGUAUUGUCCUGGAAAAAGGUUACUGUGGAUGGAAAGGUAAAGACUUUUGGCGCAAGGAUGCGUUUUACAAUAUGUGCCUUCCUCAGAGACCUAUUUGUUAUUAAUAAAGUAAAAGACAUUUAUUAUAAAUAAUUAUAAACUUUUAUAAGUGCAAUAGAAAUAUUGUGUGUUGAAACUUU